AUGGCGGCGGCGGCGGGCGGCGCGACGACGUCGACGAGGCGCGGGCCGGGCGGCGGCGGCCGGCCGAUGGACGACGAGAACCUGACCUUCGAGACCUCGGCGGGGGUGGAGGUGGUCGGCAGCUUCGACGCCAUGGGGAUCCGCGAGGACCUGCUCCGCGGCAUCUACGGCUACGGCUUCGAGAAGCCCUCCGCCAUCCAGCAGCGGGCCGUCAUCCCCAUCAUCACCGGCCGCGACGUCAUCGCGCAGGCCCAGUCCGGCACCGGCAAGACCUCCAUGAUCUCCCUCUCCGUCUGCCAGGUCAUCGAGACCAACGUCCACGAGGUGCAGGCGCUGAUACUGUCACCAACUAGGGAACUUGCGACGCAAACAGAGAGGGUGAUGCAGGCUGUUGGUAACUUCAUGAGCGUCUCUGUGCAUGCCUGUGUUGGUGGCAAAAGUAUCGGCGAGGAUAUUAGGAAGCUCGAGUCUGGAGUGCAUGUUGUUUCAGGCACCCCGGGCAGAGUAUGUGACAUGAUCAAGAGAAGGACCCUUCGCACAAGAGCCAUCAAGCUCCUAGUCCUGGACGAAGCCGAUGAGAUGUUGAGCAGAGGUUUCAAGGAUCAGAUAUAUGAUGUCUACAGAUAUCUUCCCCCAGAACUUCAGGUUGUUUUGAUCUCUGCAACUCUGCCCCAUGACAUCUUGGAGAUAACUAGCAAGUUCAUGACUGAUCCAGUCAGGAUCCUUGUAAAACGUGAUGAGUUGACCCUAGAGGGCAUCAAACAAUUCUUUGUUGCUGUUGAGAAAGAGGAAUGGAAGUUUGAUACACUGUGCGAUCUUUAUGAUACACUUACAAUCACCCAAGCUGUCAUUUUCUGCAACACUAAGAGAAAGGUGGAUUGGCUUACUGAAAGGAUGCGCACCAACAACUUCACGGUGUCAGCUAUGCACGGUGACAUGCCUCAGAAGGAAAGGGAUGCGAUCAUGAGUGAGUUCAGGGGAGGCAUGACCCGUGUUCUGAUCACGACCGAUGUUUGGGCUCGAGGGCUGGAUGUCCAGCAGGUCUCUCUUGUCAUUAAUUACGAUCUCCCAAACAACCGUGAGCUUUACAUCCAUCGUAUUGGUCGCUCUGGGCGUUUCGGGCGCAAGGGUGUGGCGAUCAACUUUGUGCGCAAGGACGACAUCCGUAUCCUUCGGGACAUCGAGCAGUACUACAGCACGCAGAUCGACGAGAUGCCCAUGAACGUCGCUGAUCUUAUCUGA